AUGGAUACAGCACAAAAAUCAUGGGAACUCGAAAACACCAUCGCCCUCUUCGACCCCACCCGCGACGCCCUCUAUCAAUACGAUGAAGAAACCCACAAGUCCCUCAAUGCCUCCCGCCCGUGGGCCAAAGACCCGCACUACUUCAAACACAUCCGCAUCUCCGCCGUCGCCCUCUUAAAAAUGACCAUGCACGCGCGCUCCGGCGGCUCGCUCGAAGUCAUGGGCCUAAUGCAGGGGUACAUCCUGCCCAACACAUUCGUGGUGACGGAUGCCUUUCGGUUACCGGUUGAGGGGACGGAGACUCGUGUUAACGCACAGGAUGAGGCGAAUGAGUAUAUGGUGGGGUAUUUGCAGUCGUGUCGGGAUGCGGGGAGAAUGGAGAAUGCGGUGGGGUGGUAUCAUAGUCAUCCAGGGUAUGGCUGUUGGUUGUCGGGGAUUGAUGUGAUGACGCAGGAUAUGCAGCAAUUGAGUGGGCCAUUCGUCGCCGUGGUCAUCGAUCCAGAACGAACUAUUUCGGCGGGCAAGGUCGAUAUUGGUGCCUUCCGGACAUUUCCUAAGGACUAUACGCCGCCGAAGAUGGGGGAUGAGGAUGAUGAGUAUCAGGCUAUUCCGUUGAAUAAGGUGGAGGAUUUUGGCGCGCACGCUGCGCAGUACUACGGGCUUGAAGUGUCGCAUUUUAAGAGCACGCUUGACACCGAACUGCUCUCACUGCUCUGGAACAAAUACUGGGUCGCUACGCUCAGCCAGAGUCCUCUCUUCACCACCCGCGACUACGGAAGUAAGCAGAUGAUGGAUCUGAGUCAGAAGGCCAAGCGGGCCGCGAGGGGGAUCGAGAACAGUGGUUCGAGAGGCGGGGUUAGCUCGAGCCAGGACCAACAGUUGGAUAAGGUUGUGAGGGAUGGCCAGCGCAUUGUCUCAGAGGAGGUGAAGGGGUUGUUAGCCGCUGAGGUGAAAAUGAAGCUCUUCCAAGGGGUUGAGGAGAAGCCGACGAAGACAGAGACUUGA